CACAUUUCCUGCUUUGUCUCCUCUGUAAAGCAAAAGUAAGAGCAAAUUGAGCUCCGGGGGAAAAUGCUAGAAGAAGGUCUGCGUCCACGGAUUGUACGUAUCGGCGCUUUUUGUAUCUUAUUAACGUCGUUGCUGCUUUUCCGCAGAAAAUGCUGCGAAUAGCAACGCAGCAGUCGUAGCUCCGCCCUCCAUCACACUGCUGCAGUUGAACUGCAAGGCUUUGGAGUGCUUGGACGGUAUGUUAAAAGAUCCUAACAACAAACAUCAGCGUUGAACAGCCCACUUAUACUGUGUGUUGGUACGUAUAACGUCGUGGAUGUCUUCCGACAUGGAUUAAUUCAAGCCAUUUUGUAGCACGCUGCUUGCACUCCGACCUGCCGCACCAUGAUUCGGACGGGACCGAGUUUAUCGCUCCCCAAAGCCCGGUGCUGGGAUGCAGAUCGUGAGAGGUCUUAUCAGGACUUGUUUGAGAGGUUAGAUGCAAAUAAAGAUGGAAAGGUGGAUGUCGCCGAACUGCGGGCGGGCCUGAAGGCAAUGGGAGUGUUCCGACAGGGUGCAGCUCAGAAAAUUGUCAUGACCGGUGACCAGAAUAAAGACGGGAGUCUGGACUUUGAGGAGUUCGCCAAAUAUUUGAAAGAGCACGAGAAGAAGCUGCUGCUGACGUUUAAGAGUCUGGAUAAAAACAACGAUGGGCGCAUCGAUGCCACCGAGAUCCAGCAGACCCUUGCAGAACUGGGCUUAAACAUCAGCAGAGUGGAUGCCCUGAAAAUCCUGCAGAGUAUGGACAUCGACGGCACCAUGAUGGUUGACUGGAACGAAUGGAGGGACUACUUCCUGUUUUGCCCCGCUCACAACCUGCAAGAGAUCAUACGCUACUGGAAGCACUCUUCGGUGCUGGAUAUAGGCGACAGCCUCGCCAUCCCUGAUGAGUUCACAGAAGAGGAGAAGAGCUCGGGCGGUUGGUGGAAGCAGCUGGUCGCAGGCGCCGUGGCAGGCUCCGUGUCCCGCACUGGUACCGCCCCCCUGGAUAGAAUGAAGGUUUUCAUGCAGGUUCACUCCAGUAAGACGAACAAAAUAAGCCUGGCAGGAGGCUUCAAGCACCUGGUAUUAGAGGGAGGUGUCACGUCACUCUGGAGAGGCAACGGCAUCAAUGUUUUAAAGAUCGCACCUGAGACGGCCAUCAAGUUCAUGGCAUAUGAGCAAUUUAAGAAGUUGCUAUCAUCAGAGGGGGAGAAUAUUGAGACACACAAAAGAUUUCUGUCGGGCUCGCUGGCUGGAGCAACAGCACAGACUGCUAUCUACCCCAUGGAGGUAUUAAAGACGAGGCUGACACUGAGGAAAACUGGUCAGUAUUCAGGAAUGUUCAACUGUGCCAAGACAAUCCUGAAGAAAGAGGGCAUUAAGGCCUUUUACAAGGGCUACAUUCCAAACUUACUUGGCAUCAUUCCCUACGCCGGGAUAGACCUCGCCGUUUAUGAGACUCUUAAGAACGCGUGGCUGUCGUACCACACCAAAGAAUCAGCCAAUCCAGGAGUUCUUGUUUUGCUGGGAUGCGGGACUAUUUCUAGUACCUGCGGACAGCUGGCCAGCUACCCUCUUGCGCUUGUGCGCACGCGCAUGCAAGCGAGAGCUUCCCUGGAUGCCUCAGACCAGCCCUCCAUGAGUUCCCUACUAAAGAACAUUGUAGCCAAAGAUGGCUCUUUUGGACUCUACCGAGGCAUCCUCCCAAACUUUAUGAAAGUCAUUCCAGCUGUCAGCAUCAGUUAUGUUGUUUACGAGUACAUGAAGAUCGGUUUGGGAAUCAGCAAAUGACACUGCAAGAACAUUUCACUGUAUAAAGCUGGAUCACCUGAGAAGACUGGCAUACAUGGCAUGACUUCCACCAGCUGACGCUGGACCUCUGUGGUCAGGAAGAUGUAUUGCACUCCAUGAUGGUCUGUUGUUAGCUUAUAUUCAAAUUAUUUAUACUAAGCAUGCUUUCUUUUUGUCUUCCUGCUGCUGAGAAAUGUAUGCUUUGUGCAAAACGAUACUUGACUCAGAGAAACUGAACUAUAACUGAAUGCAAACAUAAAACUGUGAAAAUAUAAAAGCUGAUGUUUUUUUUUUUUUGUGUAAAUCAAUGAAACACACUGCUCCUACAUUGCACUCCAAAAAUGACACUUUGAGGCCCAUCAACUGUCAUUUAGCUGUUUAAAAUGUAACCCCCCCCCCCAACAAUUAUUCUGUUUUUUAUUAGUUACAUAUGCAUUAUAAAUAUUUGUGACAUUACCAUCCAUCCAUCCAUUCAUUUUAUAUGCCGCUUCUCCUCAUUAUUGUUUUAGUUUGUUGCUCUACCAGAAUAGGGCAUGCUGUACAACUGAUGAAUUCUGUAGCUCAUAUGCAUUAUAAAUAUUUGUGACAUUACCAUUAUUUGUUUUAGUUUGUUGCUAUACCAGAAUAGGGCAUGCUGUACAACUGA